UUGCAUUGGUCGCUAUUUCUGGAGGCGUGGGGGUUACAUUUUAUACUGUUUGACCAUUUGCUCACAUGCCUGUCAUUCCGAAUUAAUCCUCGAAUUCAAGCUAGUAGGAAUUGUGGUCGUAAAUGAAGAUGUAGGUUGAUAAAUGAUUUAGAUAGUGGAUUUGUGGAGUAAUUGAUAGCUACCCAUAUGCCUGGACGGUACAAUAGUGGACUUGGAGACAAAGGAAAUCUCGAGAUAGCAUGAUAGUAGAGGUGUGUCCACAGCAGAUGACAGAAGAUGUUGGCUAUGAACCAAGGAGUGGUGGAGGAAUGGCUGUCAGAGUUUAAGACCCUUCCUGACAGUGCAGUGUCCAGCUACGCAGCGUCUCUGAAGGAGAAAGGCUCCCUGGUCCCAGCACUCUACAAAGUCAUCAGAGAGAACUACAGUGACCUGUUGGAGCCCGUUUGUCACCAGCUGUUUGAGUUCUACCGUAGCGGAGAGCUUUGGCUACAGCGGUUUGUGCUCCAGUUCCUCCCUGAGCUGCUCUGGUCUCUCCUCCUGGCUCCGUCUGCAGCCAGGGACCCACACACCUCAGGCUGUAUAGAGGCCCUGCUACUGGGGAUCUACAACCUGGAGAUCGUAGAUAAGGAUGGACAGAGUAAAGUCCUCUCGUUCACUGUCCCCUCCCUCUCCAAACCCUCAGUCUACCACGAGCCCUCCCACAUUGGCUCCCUGGCGUUGACUGAAGGGGCUUUAGCCAAUCACGGGCUGAGUAGAGUGGUGUACAGCGGGCCUCACCUACAGAGAGAAACCUUCACUGCUCAGAACAGGUUCGAGGUGCUGACCUUCCUGCUGCUGAGUUACAAUGCGUCCCUCAGUUACAUGUCCUCCUCCUCUCUGCAGUCCCUCUGCCAGCUCAGCUCCAGGGUGUGUAUCUGUGGUUUCCCACGACAACAUUUGAGGAGGUAUAAAGGCAUCAGCUCUCGUCUGACCGUCACCUCUGAGUUCCUGGUUCAACUCGUCACUGGGAUACACUACGCACUGUGUAAUGGGGAGAUGGACCUGGGUUCCAAGGCGCUGGAUGAUGUUCUGUACCGAGCUCAGUUAGAACUGUUCCCUGAAGCUCUACUGGUGGGUAAUGCCAUCAAGUCCUCCCAACAGUGUGCAGCGCUAAAGUCUGGCGCUAGUAAAGAAGGAACUCGCAUCAUUCAGGUGGAGAUGACUCCUACUUCCUCUAGGAUCUCACGGAACGCAGUCACAUCACUCUCUAUCAGAGGACACCGCUGGAAACGACAUGACGCAGUGGAUUUGGGUUCCCCGGAUGAGUUGAUGGACAUCUCGGAAGUGGACGAAGGGGUGUGGCCUAAAAGAGGGUCCGGCCCGGACUACCUGACUCCGCCCACCAUCACUAUCAGCAACAGUAUCACCCCUGGGGUGGGAGGGACCAAGACAGGAAGCAGGAAGUGGCAUUUAGGCGGACGGUCGCAUAAGGAGAAGGAGACUUGUACUCCAGGGGGGCAGGCCUUGGUCGAGAACCUGGAUCUGUCAAUCAAACGUCUGACGCUGACGUCCAGCCAAUCGGUGCCCAAGGGGCCGAGCCAUAGCGCUCUGAGCAGCCUAUCGCGUACAGCCAGCGCCGUGUUCUCCCGCUCCUUCGAAGGAAACAACACUGGAGGUAACCGUGGUAACCCAGAGGUUGGCCGCUAUUCAUGCAGUGGCAGUCUACAGGAGGAGGAGCUAGGCUAUAUAAGCCCCUCCCACACCCAGCGCUCGCCAAGCAUCAGGGUGCACUUUAGGAGUGACCUGUGAACCCUAACAUUUAACCCUUGACUUCUCACCACCCAUUUAAACCCUCUAACCCCAUGCCCCUGUACCUUUUGAUCUGGACUCCCAGCCUGCCAGUGGGACUGGAACCCAAACUCAUUAACACAUGCCCUCCCUUCUUUCCUCUCCACACCAUUCUUCAUCUCCCCCACCUCUUCUUCUCCAGUAGGACAGCUUCCCACCUCCAAAGGCUGGCCCCUCUCCUCCCCCUCCUCUCUCCCCAAAGCAAGAGCCUGGUGUGAGAGAGCCGGGAGCCUGGGUCCAUCCCUCAUCCCUGGAGUUACUGAACCACCCCCCCUGGUGGUAACCAGACAGAACUGCAGACUGGACAGAGUGACUCACUACAACUGUUUUUGUAAAAGGUUUGGAAAUUGAGUAUUUAAAAGACUCCUGUUUGUCCUGCUUGGCUUUCCAUACAUCCCUCCUGACCAUGCCCCUGGUGUGUGUGUGUGUGUGUGUGUGUGUGUGAGAGAGAGAAAAUGGGAGAGUUGAGCCCCCAACCCCUUCCACCCUGUACUCCUACCCAUCAUGCACUAGGGUUUGAACAACCCCAACACAACGCCAAGUUCACACUCCUGUUGCCAUAGCAUCCCACGAAACGAUUAAACGACAGAUUGCAAAAUUGUGGAAACCCCCCAAAAAUGAUGUAUGUCGUAAAUGUCUGAAAAGUAUUGAUUGAUGUUAUCCUAUUAGAAGCAAUAUUUUCUCACUGAUCUGAUCAAUAAACAAGCUUAUUGGGGUUUGUAUGUUUCAGAUCAAUAAGUUGAUUGGGGUGGGUUUGUUUUAAUGUUUGUUUUGAUGAUGUAUGAACUGUUUUUGUAAACUGUGGUAUGUUCCUAUGACAAAGAGAGACUAGGGUUUUUUUUAAAGAUACACUCCGCAAUAUGACACCAUCACACACAGUGGGGUGACUUCCUGCUAACGGUGUUGAUAUAAGUGUAACUGAAUCCCUCACCCCUGCCAACUCGCUUGGAGGACCCUCCGUUUGUCACAUGUUGCUUUCGAAGAGUACCGAGGGAUCACUAAACCCAUCAACUUCGGGACACGCUCGUGACUUCGAAUGAUGUAAUUCAUGUUCCACGUUUAAAAAAAUAAAAUGAGCAUGACAUUUUAAAUGAACAAAUCCUGUUGUUUUACAACAUGUUUUAAACCUCAGUAACAGUUAAAUGUUUAAUUUGUGAGGUUUUUCAUCUGUUACAUGUGUCAGUCAGACAAACAAACAACUGCAAAGGGACUAAUAGUUGGACACGCCUCUCCAGUCUUCUGUAUCAAAUUGCAAACAUCACGAUGUGUCAGGAUGCCAACGUGGCUCUGCAGCCUUGCUGGCUUGGCCAACGUGGCUCUGCAGCCUUGCUGGCUUGGCCAACGUGGCUCUGCAGCCUUGCUGGCUUGGCCAACGUGGCUCUGCAGCCUUGCUGGCUUGGCCAACGUGGCUAUCCAAGGGUCUAAUUAGCCCCUACCUCCUCAAUGAAUUUUCACUCCCUCACCUUUGUGACACUUGUGCAUACAGUAUGGCGGAGGCAUGUGUAAACACUCAAAUGGAGUGAUUCAGCCUAUGUAGUAGCAGGAAGUCACCCCACCGUGUAUGCUGAUGUCAUAUUGCAGAGUCUACCUUUAACUGUGGUGUUCUAUGUACAGCAGACAAAGUCCAGUUAUAAAUGUGGCAUUUUCCUACGAGAGAGAGAGUUGUUGUUUUAGCAGUGUUGAAUCCCUUCAGUGUUAAAGCACAAGAAAACCCAACCCUGCACGACCACCAUCCCAAACAUACCCCUGGGCGUAGGAGGAGGGGCUAUAGGGCCGUAGGAGGAGAGGCUAUAGAGGGCUUAGGAUGAAUGGCUAUAGGGGCGUAGGAGGAAGGCUAUAGGGGCUAAGGAGGAGUGGCUAUAGGGGCGUAGGAGGAGUGGCUAUAGGGGCUUAGGAGGAAGGGCUAUAGGGGCUUAGGAGGAGGGGCUAUAGGGGCUUAGGAUGAGGGGCUAUAGGGGCAUAGGAUGAGGGGCUAUAGGGGCUUAGGAUGAGGGGCUAUAGGGGCUUAGGAUGAGGGGCUAUAGGGGCGUAGGAGGAGUGGCUAUAGGGGCGUAGGAGGAGUGGCUAUAGGGGCUUAGGAUGAAGGGCUAUAGGGGCUUAGGAUGAAGGGCUAUAGGGGCUUAGGAUGAGGGGCUAUAGGGGCGUAGGAUGAGGGGCUAUAGGGGCGUAGGAUGAAGGGCUAUAGGGGCGUAGGAUGAAGGGCUAUAGGGGCGUAGGAGGAGUGGCUAUAGGGGCGUAGGAGGAGUGGCUAUAGGGGCUUAGGAUGAGGGGCUAUAGGGGCUUAGGAGGAGGGGCUAUAGGGGCUAAGGAGACGGGCUAUAGGGGCUAGGGAAUUUGGAGUAGGCCUAUUCAAGCUAGGGUUGAUCUUUAUUGAUUGAUUGGUCUUUAAUGAAUCUGUUCUCUGGUCUAUCAUAACCUGCUUUAUAAUGUAAUACACACAAAUAACACCCUUGAGGAGUCAGCAGUACAAAGUCAAAGUCACACUCUUCUCCAUUUUGGUGGCAAUAAAGUUCACUGGGUAAAGAUGGAGAGAAGUGUUGGGAGCAUAGAAAUAGAAUGAAUUGAACGGACUUGGAAGCUCUAACCCUGGCAAUUUGGCUGGUAAACUCAUGGGUACACUUGCAAUGGCUGCCUGGUAUUGUGAUGCAAUAAUUUUCAAAGUAAUGUAGAAUGUUCAUUUAAAUUGUUAACUGAUGUGGCUCAUGCAAUGGAAUGUAUUUUUUUGUAAUGUCAGUUGUGUUUAAACAAAUCACAGCACAUAUUGAUGUUUAUACUUCCUGCUUUUACUUCAUGCUUUGCGCCUAUGGGUACACUUGCAAUGGCCGCCAGUCCAUCUAUUUUGCCAUCAUUGACUUGAAUAGUGACAACCGUUCUAUUCAUUCUAUUUCUAUGAUUGGUAGUCCGUAGAUCAGACAGAACACUGUUUCCUACUGGAGAUCUGAAUGCAGAAUAAAGUCUGCCCCUCUGGAACCUUUGUGUUCUAGAACCAGUGUUCUAUCAGUCCCAGAGUUCUAUCAUAACCAGAGUUCUGUCCGUCAGUGUUCUAGAUCUGUUUUAUAUUCAUAUGGUGGAACAAUAACAAUCAUGUUUCUGUAUUCUGUUGUUUUACGGUACGUCAUGAAUCUGUACAUAUUAUUGAUGGACUUCAAUUGUUUGGGAUUUUCUGUCUGAAGAUAACUCACUGAUAGAGAUACUCUCUCUGAGAAUAAAGUAUUUCUAUAUUUCACUAUA